AUGUCUCUAACACAAAGUCAUACAUUAGAAGAAAAGUUGGAUUUAAGUAAGAAAGAGUUUAAUGCUAAUGUAAAACUCGUUUAAGAUUUACUUGCAAUUUUUUAAUUGAGAUUAGAUAUUGAAUAGCAAUAUUUAAAUGGUUACUAAAAAUUGUCAAAAAUGGUCGAAAAUUUCAACAAGAGUUUUAUUUCGUUUUGCCCAGAUUUAUUUAGUCCUUUUGAAAGUUUUCAUGCAAUUUAAUUAGACCAAAAGUAAAAGUUAGUUCAUAGUUUAGAAACAGAUCUUGUAUAACAUAUGAAAGCUUAGUCUGGAUACAUAUUUAGCUUAGAAUAAAAUUUAUAUAUGAACUGUAAGAGCAUAAUAGAUAGUUAUAAUUAGCUUUUUUUAGAUAUUCCUAAACUAAAAAAUGAAUAUUUAUCUACAAGAGAAGAGUUGAGUAGCUCUUGGGAAAGUUUAAACUCUGCACAAAUGAGCUCAAAUUCAUUAAAAACUAUUGAGAAAUUUUAAAAAAAAUUUUAACUUGCAAGACAAAAGAAAGAAGAAAAAAUGGAUUCAAUGCAUUAAAAAUUAAAAAAUUUGAGACACUGCAAUAGAUUUUAUUCAGAAAUGGAAAAUGAGUUAGAAGCUAAGUAUGACAAUUUUGAAUGCUAAAAGAGUGAUUUAGUAUUUGAUAGUAUAAGCAAAUAUUUUGUUUAGGAAGUUCACUACAUGACUAGCUUAUAAUAUGAUUUCAAUAACAUUUUAAAGAAACUAAAUGAUGAAGAAGGAAAAGAAAAAAUAAAGUUAAUUAGAUAUAGUUAAAUAGACUAGUAGAAUUUACCUGCUUAACAAUCUCCAACAGAAAAUUAAAAGCCAUUUGGAUAAACUUUUAAUUAAUUUCUUGAGGGAGAUGCUGCUAAUAAAUUGAAACUAAAAGCAAUGGAUUUCAUAAAAAAAAUGUCAAGUCAACCUAAAGAAAAGGGAAUAGUGAUAGGAUUUUAAGCAAACGAACUUGAUGGAUUUUUACAUGAUGAAUGGAAGUGUGUCUUAAAAGAAAUGUAAGAAAGAGAGGCAAAAAAACAAAAAUAGAUAGAAGAGGAAAUACAAAAAUAAUAGGAAUUAUAAAACAAAGAUGAGAAGUAAAAAGGACUUGAAGAAAAUAAUAAUUCUUCUUCAAACAAUCAAUAAUAAAAAAAGGAAAAAGAAUUAGAAGAAAAAAAUUAAAACUAAUCAGAUAGUUCUGAAAAUAGCAGCUAUUAGUAUUUUGAUUAAUAAGAAAUCAACUAGGCACUUGAUUGA